ACCAAUAACUCUGACACCAUCAUGCUGUUCAGUAAUGGACCAAACGAAGAUGUACCAGGGCCAUCAGCAUUGAUCCUAUCUCCUGACUCUAUCCAGCACAACUCACAAAACUCCAACAUGAUUGCAAACCAGCAGAUGAUUCUGGAAAACCAACAGAUCAUUGUGAAUAACCAGCUGAAACUGAUGCAAGCGCUUGCUAAAAUGCAAACAGGCGUGGAUUAUCUGAUGGAGAGCAAUAUGUUUGGGAAUAUCCAGCCAAAUGAUAAAACCAACAUCUUACUGAAACCGGUGGACUCUCUUUCGGAUCUAAAUGCAUUGGAAGAGAGCCUGAAAGAACCUACUGCUAUGGAAAAAUACAUAACUAACAUGAGUUUUAUCUGCGGAACAGACGGCAAAUCAACAGGUAUGGACAGUUGUUAUAAACUCGUAGAUUUUUUCAUUACUAGAGAGUUCAUGCACUUAUGUUCAUGGACUGGAAACUCCAAAGUAACCGAUGAGAAUGAUUCUUUGAACGCGCAGUUUCUAGAAUCUCCGGGUAAAAUUCCGUUGAAAUUUUACACUAAUUUUCGAUCGCUGUUUUUGAAACUGAUUCGCUUGGCUGACAAAGAUUUCACGGAAGUUAAGUGCGAUGAGUUUUUCAAACGUGUAAUGAAAAAUAGCAAGGCAAGGCUGCAAGCAAAAACGGCAUCGAAACAUAAGAACCGUCCAAACAAUUUGAAAUACAAGUCUCGCAAAACUGAGAUCUCUACUGGGAAUGGUCAAGAGGAACCUACUGAGAAAAAAACGUCUGAAUCUGCUCAAGCACCGCAGAGCUAA